CCCGGCGAAUCGCUAUGGCAGCUGAGCCAGUCAGCCUGCGCGAGCAAGUUUUAUCGGAAGUGUUUCAUUGAACUUUUGAACCUUAAACCGCUUUCUAAUGUGAGAAACAAACGUGACACAAUUUGUCCAGUCUGAAAAUGUCCCAGGGAUGUACAGUUUCUGUGGAAGAAGUCCAGUCUUGGUGGGAAGUGCCCGCCAUAGCCCACUUCUGUUCGCUAUUCAGGGCAGCGUUCAACCUUCCCGACUUUGAAAUCGAGGAAUUGGAGAAAGCGCUUUCAGAGCAGGACCUGAACUUCCUUGGGGACCUUAUUGCUUGUCUGCUGCAGGGAUGUUACCAGCGCACUGACAUUACUCCCCAGGUAGUCACCAGCUAUCUGGAUGACAUCAUCAGCUACCGGUGGGAGCUAGAAGAGGGGAAGCCCAACCCACUUCGAGAGGAGCCCUUUGAAAACUUGCCCCCUCGCACUCAGGUGGAACUGCUGCACCGUCUCUGCGAUUAUCGUCUGGAUGCUGCUGAUGUCUUUGACCUAUUGAAGGGACUGGAUGCAGACAGUCUGAGGGUAGAACCCCUUGGGCAAGAUGGAAAUGGGGCUCUCUACUGGUAUUUUUAUGGCACUCGUAUGUACAAAGAGGAGGUACUCAUGAGAGAAGUGGAGAAAAUCAGUGAAAAUCCUGAGUUAACAUUGCCAGAGAAAAAGAAAAGAGGAAGACCACCGAAGAAAAAAAGAGUUGAAGACCCUGACCUAAGUGAGGCAGAAAGUGAAGAGAAUGCAGAAAAUGGAAUGGAUGAUAUACCUCCUGCUAAAGUAGGUCGUAAGCGAGGCACCUGGUCCCUUGUGUGCGAGACAGAAGAACAGUGGGUUAACUUGGCAGAAAGCAUAAAGGAUAAGCUCUCACCCCAAGACCGCCACCUCUACCGGGUCAUCAGCCAGAAUUUUCUGCCUGAGAUACGCAACAUGAUUGAACACAAGGAGCGUGAGCAGAAACUGAAGCUUGAGGAUCCAACCCCAUUCCGUGCAUCUCAGCGUUUCUCUGAAAAACACAUGAACCAAGAGGAGCAGGACAAUGUGAAUGCCACAGCUGAGUUUGAGAAGAGAAAUGAUGAGGAGCUGGACAGGCAGGUCUUGCUGGCUGAGCAGAGACGAGAAGAAGAAAGGCUUCAGCAGGAACGACGACAGCGAGAGAAAAUGGAGAAGCUCAAAGCUGUGGAGGAGCGGGCCAGGAGACGGAAGAUGCGAGAGGAAAAGGCUUAUCUGUUGUCUGAAGGAAAAGACCUCCCACCACAACUUAAGAAUUUCGAGCCUUCUUCACCUGUACUCAGAACACGGACUGCUAAAGAUUUCUUUGACAUGGAAGAUGACUACACGGGUUUGUACAAAGUGCUGGAAGCCUUGAAGGCUCAUAAAGAUGCAUGGCCUUUCUUGGAACCUGUAGAUGACUCCUAUGCUCCCAAUUACCAUGACAUAAUCCAGACUCCCAUGGACCUUUCCACCAUUGAGAGGAAACUCAAUGAUGGAGAAUAUCUUGCAAAGGAGGAGUUUAUUUCUGAUGUGAAGCUCAUUUUUAAAAACUGCAUUGAGUACAACGGAGAAGAUAGUGAAUAUACUGUGAUGGCAGAGUCUCUUGAGCGCUGUUUUAACCGGGCCCAGUUAAAACACUUGCCGUCAGAGGAGGGUGACACUGAUGAAGAAUUUUACAUCAGCAAAGAAGACAAGGAGCGCAAGGAAAAAAAGCGAAAUCGAAGCACGAAAAAUUUGGGACCUGAAAGUUUAAUCAAGGCCACCGAGGAGGUGCAGCGUAAACGAAGUGUGCAGGGUGGCAAAGGCCAGAGGCUGUUGGAGGACCAGGUUAGCAAGCCAGUGCGACCCCUGACACAGUCUCAUUGGAGCUUUCCUUCGAGCCAGCAACACCGACAUGGAGACAUCAGGGGCAUGUACCACCCAGCACAACGGUUACAUCGUCCUCAUGGGCCGCACAUGUACACUCAUAGUAUGGGCAUGGAUCCUCGUUUUGCCUACCCAGGUCACAUUCCAAGGCAUGGAGAUCCCAGCUUGAAUCGUUUGCCCCACAACUUUAGCAUGCAGCAUCACAUGGGCCAUAGGUAUCCACUGAGCCCCGAUGGUAACCACACUCUUCACCAGCAGCAGCACCCGUAUAUGGGUCCAACUCAUGGUCCAUCUCUGGGCCCCCGUCCAAUGGCCCUUCAACUUAGACCUCCUCCUGAAGCCAGCAUAUACCCGUCCCACUACUGUUCAGAGAGACACACGAUGCACCCUAUGGGGAACCAGUUAUCAGGGCCUCAACAGCACAAUUACACAGGCUUGAGGUCUCCUGGUAUGGGACUGUCUAACAUUUGGACUACUUUGAAUCACCAGCGGCCAGAGAGACCUAGUGGAAUGCACAUGCAAGACCCUAGUUUGGUCAACCAGCACAAUUUGAGUUAUGGAGGGGAACAACCUCCAAUCGGACACAAACCUUGGCCGGAAGCUGCUGGAUAUCCCCAUCCUCCUCCUAAUGCACAAUACCAAAUUUCUACAGCGGCGGUCAGCUCCCCUGGCCCUGUGCAGCAACGACCCCCUCUAACCUGUUCAGACUCCUCCACCAAGACACGGUUAGCCUCCAUGUUAGAAAGUCCAGAAAUGCUAGCUCUACAGCAGCUGUCAGCCUUCUCGAGACCUCCUGCUGGUUCCCCCCAUGAGGACAUGGGCCACUUUCAACAGUCCAAGUCCCCCUCAGGGACUGGCAGCAUCCCAACUCCUCCCUCUCAGCAGCCCCCCCCAGCCCCCGAGGUUCAGCUGCAAUGUCCCGCUGGAGACAAUGGGCCAGACAGCCAGUCUUCCUCACAGACAGCCAUUCAGCACAAAGGAACAUCAGAAAACAAAGUGACUGUAAAAGACAUUUUCAAAGAGCCUUCUUCAUCAGACCACAGUGGUCGACUUAACAAAGUACACCCAUCCAUUCCAAACCCCACUCAACACCACAAUGGACCAGCAGAAGUAUUGCACAGCCCUCAAAGACCUCAGGAAAAUGUGUCUGGACAAAAACUGUCAGGGAGUGGAGCAGAGUGUGUUAUGGAAGAAGGAGGUGGUCAAUUUCAAAAUAAUGGAUCCACUUCUGUGUCCUUGCACUUCCAUGUUAGUAAUAAGAAUUCCAAGAAUCCUUAUCCACCUGAUACUGCUCAGCAUGCACAGAGCAGUCCUCUCCAGAGCCCUGCACUUGUUCAUCAGUGUGCAUCACCAUCCAUGAAUACCACAUCUGAAAGCAAUUCACCACACAUGCUAAAUACACAGCAGCAUAAUGAGCAGAAUGUCCGAAAACAGCACCAGCAACGUCCAACCCAAGAAACUCUGAAUGGGCCAGCUCUUAACCACCAUCAGAACUCUCCUCCACAGAUGAGCCUGAACACAACACAACUGCAAACUCCACAUGUCACCCAAAGCACUCAGAGCAACUCUAUGCAUGGCAUGUCACAUGGUGCCUCAAAGAGAGUCCAACCUGGACCUCCUCAGCCAGCCCCUCUCACCUCUCUGCCCCCCAGCCAUCCUACUCCACACUUACCCUCCCAGCCAAGCCCAGCAGAGCAUGGAGCUCAAACACCAUGCGAGCCUGCAAGUCAGCGAGACACAGAAGGUCCACCUGCAAUGAAAUUUGGAUCUUCUAAUACUGCUUAUAAACAACAGCAAGCGUUCAGUCCAAACAGUCAUCGAACCCAGAUGGUGAGUAGUAACCCAGGUGUGCAGUCAGAAAGAGGCCCAGCACCUGCUCACAACACUGCCAUGCCUCCUCAUUCCCAAAUGGUAAAUGGAGACAUGGCUUCAUACAGCAAUCCACCACAACCACAGUAUAGCCAGGCAAGCAUGACCAGGCCCAUUUGUCAUUCUGCUCACCACCCUUAUCCCAACCAGACCCUCAACCCCCUCCACAGUACCCCGGACCACUCCACCUAUCACCAGCAACAAAGAACUGCCUAUUCAUUUCACAUGCCCGGCCCUCAGCAUCUUCAUGCCCACACCAACACGUACCCGCCACAGCCAUUCCAGCAGGAACAGUAUUACACCCGACCGCAGGCCCAUAGUUUUGCAAACAAUAGAGGGGGUUAUCCCUCAGAUGUUUGGCAGCAAUCUCAACAGCCCAUGCUGCCUACUACCUACCUGCCCACACUGAGUGCCAAAGGAAACAAUCAGGUCAAUGAUGGGUGUGUGUCACCAAUAGGCUGUGAUCUCUCCACUACUGUGAGUUUGUUGUCCCCAAAAGCUGGGUCAGUCUCUGGAGGCUUGGAGGAGAGGAAAUGGGAAAGCAGAAACAGUGGUCGUGAUAGCCCAGCAAAGCGUAGUCGCACUAAGGGGAGCUUGGAGCAACCUGAAAGUCCAAAAGAGAUCCUGGACCUCGAUAGCCACAAUGCCGCCGCCCGCCGUCAUAACAACCACCCAAUCUCCACCAGGACACACAUCCCACCUGGCUUCAUGUAUGACACUCGCACUAUGCACCCGGCAGUGCAUCCAGAUGGUGCACCACCAUGCCACAGUGGAGUUGGGAAUGGAGUCCUAUACGCAAGACCUCCCUACACAGAUCCAGGACGAUACGGUGUACAGAGACCACACUCACACCUAAUGGAAGCUCUUCAGCGGCCCCAGCAGUUGCCUAUCUCCCCUGGUCAGAUGCGCAUGGCCAUGUACCCUCACUCUGGUGGCCACUUUCAAAGCGUGAUGAUUCAGCAGAGAGGCUUGGCAUCUGAACACUUCCCACACUCAGGGCAACCGGUGAUGACUGCACCUGGCGGCUCAAGCACCAAGCAAGCAUGAUAGACCAAACCAGAAGGUGGCUGGCUGUGCUGACCGACCUGGCAAAGGGUUCAGAGGGCAAGAUUUUCACCAUACAGUGUACGGCGACCUGUUCAAUUUUGUUACCCUGGCUUCCAGUUUUCAUUGGACUUGAAAGUCCUGCCAGAAAAAUCCUAAUACUAAAUUGUUCUGAGGCCGUGUGAACAAAAGUGCUUAGAUUGCAGCCCUUUACAAGUAUUGUUGUGAAGAAACCGUUGUCCAAAUAAACUUGGAUGUUCCACGAAACUGACUUUUACCACUGGACUGCCCUUUCCACUGUGAACAAUCGAAAUAUGCACACGGAGGGGCAAGCCUUUUUAUCAUUGUGCCGUUAUCUACUGACUCAAAUUCUUAAAACUCAGGUACUGUAAAGAAAGAAGCAGAGGUUACAGUGAGACUGUCUCCUUGACCAAGACAAUUUACAAUUGUGGUCGUCUUGGUUGCUUCUUUGAAUGUAUGAGUGAGUGCUUAGAUGAGCACAGUAGCUGUGAAUGAGAGGGAAAGAAUAUGGAUAAAUACCUAUUCUAAUUAUUUCUAUCCACUUCCUAUCCAUUUCGACCGAGACGCUGAGUUUUGUCAAUCCUCAACAAAAUACACUACAUUAGAACAUCCUUCACUGGUAACGUUGGCUUUAGCAAAACUUUAUGGACUGGUGAAGAUAAUGCUGGUUGUUUCAAUUUGUACCCGGCUCCAUUCUGCACUACGUUUUGUUAAAGAAUAAACCACCUGAAACCGAGUGGCCUUGGAAAGUCUUUAUUUUUAGUAAAUACUUGUACAUGUAUAAAUAAAUUCAAAUCUAUUGGCGCCACCCCUUCGUUGAAUAGAUUCAUCUGUAGUGAAGGGAACAUUUUCAAGAGUCAUGUCCUGCCUGUUAUAUGUUAAGAGAUUUGACGUUCCACUCAGUCUCGAUGUGAAGAUCAGUCUUGUCCCUCUGCAUUUGCUUCUGCAAUUCGCUUCCUCUUCUCAGGGAUCACACUUUGUACGGGUAUUUUUCUCCAUUGUUUUGAAAGGGGUACAGUUUAAGGAAACAAUUCCGAUAAGAUUGUGGUAAACUGAUCUCAGUUUCAUGUGCGGAGUUUCACUUUCAAAUAGCCUGUUUUCAUGAAGUCACUGCAAGUGAAUUUAAAUUGCUUUUUACUCAUUCGGGUUUAUUUGAUAUCACACUGGCUUAAUUCAUUUAGGGAGUAUUUGAUCUCAUAUAUAUAUAUAUAUAUAUAUAUAUAUACACACACACACACACACACACACACCCCUGUGAGCCACCACCUUUGUUUUUUUCCCUGUGUCUGGCAGCAAGUCAGUCUACCUCAAUGAGCCAAUAUGUGGAUUCUUCGGGGUCCUUGAAGUCCGUCACUUCUAAUUUAGGGUUACUAACUCAUCAAAUGUUGGCAUUAGCAUCUUGCGUAAAAGUUGUGAUGCUGUGCCAAAUGACAAAUGAUGCUGUGCUCACUGACCUACCAAUCGUGACAUAUUAUUCUCAUUGAAACAUGCUAAAUGAUAGCUUUACAUCAACACUACGUACUUGUACCGUACAUGGUGUUGAUGUAUUUGCACAUUUUUAUGUGACAAUACAAGUUUGACAAUGUGCAGGCAGUACAACAUUUAUAGCAAAAGCUACCUAAGUUUAAUGUUUUGAUGACAUAGCAUUACUGGAAAAAAAAAAAAAAUAGCAGCCUCCAGAAGUUAUAACUUGGGAUUUGGUUAAAAUUACGAAUUGUCUCCCUGUAGUGGAUCUCUAAUGGGAAUACUGUGGGGUUUGGAGUUAGUGUCUUCACUUCUGCAAUUAGAUCUGAAAAUAACUGUAACAAAGCCUACUGUAUGUGAAGUGGGUGGUGGUGUCUUAAGUGUACAAUAUGUGAGUGUGUGCUCGUGUGUGUCUGUUGUGCAGAAUUGAUGCUAUCUGUGGGCUUGUGUGUGCCUGCAUGCAAGUCCUUUCAUUUAUUAGUGAAAACCAUGUAGAUGAGAAAUAUAUUUAUUUGCUAUUUUCCAUAUUUUUGUGCUUGUUUUAAUAUAAAUGUGCUUUUUUUUUGUGUUGUGAAAAAUUACCUGUCUGUUUAAUUUUGAAUGAUGUUUACAGCUUUUUUUGUUUGUUUGUUUUCUUUUGUUUUUUUUACUUGAAUGACAGAGUGGGAAAUGGACUGGAGUAUUUUCUAUCUGUACAUUUCUUAGAAAUAAACAGCUUUCCUCAAUUUGAA